AUGAUAUUUCGCUCAGAGGAUUCUCCUGAUCCAAGAAGGUACAAUAAACCUAGAGUUCCAGAGAUUGGUGUACUAUUGUUUGAUGGCGACGAUGAAAGCAGCAACGAACAGCCAAAAAAUCGUGAUAUUGUUUUAAGAUUGAAAGGCUCUGGUGAUAACCUAACAAGGAUUAAUGAAACCAAUCAAUUCUUUGAUCCUCUUCAAUACGUUUUGGUGUUUCCAUUUGGCGAUCCUGGGUGGCACAUCAAAGUGAAAAGCUUUGAUCCCUCUGAAACCGAAAUCGACAUUGCAUCUGAUAGCAAUAAUAAUGAUGAGGACAAAACCAUCACCAACAUGCAAUACUAA